GAGAACUACCGCGACAGGUAUCUGUGGUAGAUGCGCGGCAAACAGCAUAGGGGGACGAUGUUUCUUUUCUUACUUAUAUUUUAAAGAAUUUAUUAGUACGAAUGAAGCCGAUAAAAUUAUUACAAUUUGAUUCUAUUAUUCUUAUAAUGACGAUAAAUAGUGACGUGGUGUGAAGUGUAUUAUUCGUAUUAAACUAAUUCUUGGAAUCUUUUACCAAAGAAUCUUAGGUGCUGUAUCAUAAACUUGCAGAUAUUUCAGUGAACAAGCCAAAAUGGGCUGUGCUUCACAGUGUGCCAAGUAUUUUCUAUGUUUCUUCAAUUUCGUUUUCUUCAUAGCAGGAGGUGCUGCAUUAGCAGUUGGAGUUUGGCUCUUCGCCGAUAGGAAUUCUUUUGCCGAUCUCAUCGGCAAACUUGAUCAAUCAGACAUUCUGAAUAAAACGGAUGCAGAUGUCAUCAGGAUAAUAUCAUAUAUCUUGAUUUUGGCAGGAGCAUUGACAUUUUUGGUCAGUUUUCUUGGAUAUUGUGGAGCAAUGUUUGAAUCUCGGUGUCUUCUUUGUAUUUAUGGUGUUCUUAUUCUUGUGGUUUUGAUCCUGGAAUGUAUUGUAGUAGGUUUGGCUUUUGGCCUUAAAGGAGAUGCAGAACAAAGUACAAGAAAUUUUCUCAAAUCUACAAUCAAAUAUUAUGCCAAUAACAUUGAUAAAACGGAAACAAUUACAGUAACAUGGGAUGGUAUAAUGACACAGUUACAUUGUUGUGGAGUGGAAAAUUAUUUGGAUUUUCGAGAGAACACAAAUUGGACAUCAGAUAAAAUUGUACCUGAAGCAUGUUGUAUGAAAGAGAACACUGUUUUAAAGGAUCCAUCUUGUCCUAUUAGUCCUACUUCUAAUAAUUCUUAUUAUAAGGAGGGUUGUUAUAAUGCAAUAAUGAGGACAAUUGAAGAAAAUGCAGCUAUAGUAAUUGGCGUUGCGGCUGGAUUAGCAUUUGCCGAAAUCCUGGUUAUUAUUUUAGCUCUGCAUUUGGCAUGCUGUUAUUGGCGACCGCAACAUGUUUUAACUUCUUGGUGCUGCUGUUGACCUCAUACACUAACAGUGAGCUCUUCAUAUCUUCUUGGCUCCUUUCUUCACAGAAGCGAAUCAUUGGUUUAAACUUACUUGAAACUAACCCAGGAUAUAUUCAUCAUUUAACAUCUAAUUACAUUUUAUUACUUCAUUAAAAAA